CUGCCUAGCGGCUGAGGGAGGGUGGCUAGACCCUAGCUGAGGCGUCCAAGCACCCAUACGGUGUCGCACGGCCAAAAAUAAGUAUGGCUGGGUGCUUUGACAACAUUCAGUUCAAUCGCCCUGAAUGGAUGGAGCUCGGCGAAAAGAGGAAUGCUAUAGCGUCGAUUGUGGCGGGAUCUUUGUUCUUCAUUGGCUGGUGGAUUAUUAUCGAUGUGGCAGCACACUACCCCUCCAAUGCUGAUUUCAGCCAUGCUUUCCAUGUCUGCGGCGUCAUGAGCACAUUAUCCCUGUUCAUGAUCAAUGCCGUGUCUAAUGGCCAAAUUCGAGGCGACUCUUACACAACUGGCUGCAUCGGCCAAAGGGGUGCUCGGGUGUGGCUGUUCCUUGGAUUCGCCCUUGGCUUUGGCUCACUCAUCGCAUCGUGCUGGAUCUUGUUUGGUGAUUACGUGACACAAGGUCGUCUGAGAGAUGAAAACUUUUUUGAUGACCCAAAGCUGGCCCAUGUUGUGCCAGUCAGAAGGGAGGUGCAGUGGCCUGGCAUUGCUAUUUUCCUUCAGAACUCCUUCAUCUUUCUUGGGGCCUUGGUGUUCAAGUUCGGGCGGACUGAAGACCUGUGGGGCUGAGGCAGCCUGAAAAGUGUUACAGGGGCUGCAUAAUUUCAGUCACAAAAAUUGUUAAUAAGAAAUUGUGCUUAAAUGUUAGCAACUAUCACCACGCUUUUUUUCAUUCUUCAGUAGCGUUGCUUUGGCAUGGAUUUUCGUCUUCUCUGGUUUCUUUGUAAACAUUGUUUAAUAAUGUAUGCUCUGAUUUAGUGCAUAUUACCUCAAUACUACAUUGUUUUGUUAAGACUAUCAGAUUGUAUUGUAUGCUUAUAGGAUUUAGUGUAUGUAAGCUUCUUGUCCUUUAGAUUGGCCUGCAGUGUAAAUCUACAAGCCUCAUGGUAAUCUUUACCUCCUUUUAUCUUUAAGAGAGAGUUAGCAUGUGUUAUGUUUGCAUCAAGUUUUUUGUAAUGCUUCACAGCCAAUAUAAAUUGAUAUUGUUAUAGCUUGCUUCGUGAAAAGGCAAUGUUGCCUUCAGAUUUCUGCAACUUAAGUUGCCCGCAUGACUUGGUGAAAUUUGGAUGCAUAACUUUAAUGUGGUAGCACUUUGUCUUCUCACAUUGGCUUGAUUUGUGAGAUAAGCUAUUGCCAUUUGACCUGUGAUUUAUUAUAUGUGAUUGUUGGGAAGGGCUUAAGUCCUAAAUAAAUGGUGUGCUCUUGA